GAAGUUUGACUUACAAAUCCACAUGCAGAAGAACCUAUAGUUUUUUAGCUGCAGCUGCUUGACCGGAAAAAUGUUGGAGGCUCCAAAGUUUGGGGGACUUAAUAUAGACUUAAAUGAAAACCAUGAUCAUUAUGGAUUGUCGCAAAACUUUUACCAUAAGCUUGGUGAGGGAUCAAACAUGUCAAUCGACAGUUAUGGGAGCUUGCAGAUGAGCAAUGGUGGAGGUUCAGUUGCAAUGUCGAUGGAUAACAGCAGUGUUGGAUCAAAUGAUUCGCACACUCGUAUUUUGAACCACCAGGGUCUCAAGCGUGUCCACAAUAACUAUUCUGUUGCAGCUAGUGUAAAUAAGGGGAAAGCUUCUCAUGGGUUGAGUGACGAUGCCCUAGCUAAAGCUUUGAUGGAUCCUCGAUUUCCUACCAAUGGGCUUGAGAAUUAUGAUGAGUGGACAAUUGAUUUGAGGAAGCUCAACAUGGGGCCUGCUUUUGCUCAGGGGGCUUUUGGGAAACUAUACAAGGGAACUUACAAUGGUGAGGAUGUUGCUAUCAAGCUUCUAGAGAGGCCAGAGAAUGAUCUUGAGAGGGCUCAGUUGAUGGAGCAACAGUUUCAGCAGGAAGUGAUGAUGUUGGCAAAUUUGAAACAUCCAAAUAUUGUUCGGUUUAUCGGUGGAUGCCGUAAACCCAUGGUGUGGUGUAUUGUCACUGAAUAUGCUAAAGGAGGAUCAGUUCGUCAAUUUCUCAAUAAGCGACAAAAUCGAUCUGUGCCCUUGAAGUUAGCAGUGAAGCAGGCCUUGGAUGUGGCAAGGGGUAUGGAAUAUGUGCAUGGCUUGAAUCUGAUACAUCGUGACCUGAAAUCUGACAACCUACUAAUUGCUGCUGAUAAAUCAAUCAAGAUUGCGGACUUUGGGGUUGCUCGUAUUGAGGUGCAGACAGAAGGAAUGACACCAGAGACUGGAACAUACCGCUGGAUGGCUCCGUCCUACGGUCCUAAAUUUUGCCUCUUGGUACUGGGCUCUAAUCUGGUAAGUUGAAGUCCCUUGGUUACAUUCCUUAGUUUGGUACAUUUUUGUGAUCUCAUUAUAAUUGUACAUUUAAUGUGGAGAAUAAUGAAAGACCUUUGUCGAAAAGGUGCUUUUUAUUCCAAAACGGCUGUUGUAGCUCCUUUUUAAAGUUUCUCCUUUUUUUUUUUGGGGCUCUCUCUCUUCGGCUCUCUUUCUCUUCUGGAGGCAAAAUCGCUUGAGCAAAGAUCUUGUAUAUUCUUGUUCCAGAGUCCCUUGUGAAUAUUGCAGUAGGCGGUUCUUGUUCGUGCCCCUAGUGUGGAUUAUUCUUCAUGGUACUUAGGAUUUUGUUCAGUACCAGACUGCCAGAUACAACCGCCUCAGCCCUCAAGGAGUUUAUAUAUUCCGUCUCUGAAGUAUCGGAAGGAAUAUUUUAUACACUUUAGCCUUUUCCCUCGCAUCGGAUUAUGUCAAACUUUUCUGCACUCGGAAUCCUUUUAAAUCUCACUUUAAUAAUGUUGAAACUUGAACCACUUCCCUUCCAGUUUUCUCCUCCGUGAUAUGGUCUUUGCAUCACUUGAGAUAGUUUCGAAUAUGCUUUUAAACUAAUAAAGUUUAAUUCUACAGCAUAUUUAGGUAAUGGAACUUACUAUGCCUUCCACCUUAUCAACACAA